UAAUAUUUUUAUCAACUUUAAUAUAUUUACAAAUAUUUUCUAGCACACACAAGAUGACAGUGGAAGGCUGUGGCAAGAUCAUUAAAUAUGCUAUGUUUAUAGCCAAUCUCAUUAUACUGAUAUGUGGUAUCGUUGUGUUUUCUGUGGGAGUAUGGAUCCUCGCAGACAAGUCCUACAUGGAACGGCUGAUGGGCAGCAACAUGUACGUCAGUUCAGCUGCGAUUCUGAUCGCCACUGGAGUUAUUGUGGUCAUCAUAUCUUUCCUCGGAUGUAUGGGGUCUUACAAGGAAGUUAAAUGCAUGCUCCUCACGUUUUUCAUCUUCAUGUUCAUCAUCUUUAUCAUUAUGUUGGUCGGCGGAAUCCUUGGCUACGUCUUCAGAGAUGAGGUAGAUGAAAAAAUGAAGAAGGAGAUGUUAGACUCUAUACCACUGUAUGGAAACGACACGGCCGUCACAGAAGCUUGGGACCAGGUGCAAAAAAAUAUGAAAUGUUGUGGAAUGAAGACCGGAGAUUCAACAAUGCCUUAUGCCAUUUGGAGCCUGAAUCGAGGUUUUCAAGCUGACAAAAAAGUUCCAAUGUCUUGUUGUAUGGGAAAUGAAAAGUGCCAGGCAUCACCUACUGACAGCAACUCAUACAAGAAUACAGUAAUAAUAUUGUUUUUAAAUAAAAAAGACAUUUUCAACCUAUAA